AUGGCCGCACAGCCCGAGACAAGAUGGGUCGGCAGCGCCGGCGCGGGCAGCUUUGACUUGCGAAGCGACGUGAUGACAACGCCCACAGCGAACAUGCUGGCGGCGAUCCAGAACUGCACGCUGCUGGACGACGUGUUCCGCGAGGACACGACUACCAUCGACCUCGAAAAGCACUGCGCCAAGCUGGCCGGCAAGGAGGCCGGCCUGCUGGUGCUGUCGGGCACGAUGGGCAACCAGGUGGCGCUGCGCACGCUCCUGAAGCAGCCGCCGUAUUCGGUGCUGUGCGACCGCGAGUCGCACAUUUUCAAGUACGAAGCAGGCGGUGUGUCGUCGCUGACGGGCGCCAUGGUCCACACGGUCGUUCCCAAGAACGGCAUCUACCUGACGCUCGAGGAUGUGCAGGCCAACGCCGUCACAGGCACCGACGUGCACGACUGCACCACGCGCGUCAUCAGCCUCGAGAACACCAUCAACGGCGUGCUGAUGCCCCUUGCCGAGGUGCGUCGCAUCGCCGAGUGGGCGCGGGCCCACGGCAUCAAGAUGCACUGCGACGGCGCGCGGCUCUGGGAGGCCGCGGCAUCCGGCGCGGGCAGCCUGGUCGACUUUGCGGCGUGCUUCGACACGGUGACGCUGUGCUUUUCCAAGGGCCUGGGCGCGCCCAUUGGCAGCGUGCUGCUUGGCUCGGCCGACGACAUCCGCCACGCGACGUGGAUCCGCAAGUCCAUUGGCGGCGGCCUGCGCCAGGCCGGCGUGAUUGCCGCGCCGGCGCGCGUCGCCGUCGACGAGACGUUUGGCACGGGCCCCAACGGCGAGGGCGGCCUGUUGCGGCACACGCACACGCUGGCCAAGGAGAUGAGCAAGCUGUGGACGGACCGGGGCGGCAAGCUGCUCUACCCGGUGGACACGAACAUGAUGUGGGUGGACCUGGAGGCGUCGGGCCUUGGCUAUGACGACAUAUCGAAGCAGGCGGAGGCCGAGGGCCUCCGGAUGCUGGGCAACCGGAUGGUCUUCCACUACCAGAUCUACCAGAACCGGGAGGUUGUUGUUCCCAAGCUGGAGCGAAUCUUUACCAAGGUUCUUGCGGGCAGAGCGGCCGCUCCGGGAGUGUCGGUCUCGGCAGGUGCUAAGUCGAUGUACCAGACGUAG